UUCCAUUUCAACAUUCCCAAAUUCGUUUUCUUCGAAAAGGCCACAGAACAUUUUACCUUCUUGCUCUCACGAUGCGCACACUAUCUCUAUCGACAAUAUUCCUUGCUGCAGUAGCUGUCUUUCACCACUCAGCUUCUGCACAAUCACCACCUGGUUUCACGCCCUCAACCAAUGCAUCCCUUCCAGCAAAAUAUAACGCGCUCCCCAUAUCUCCAGCUGGAAUACAUGUUCCACUCAACGACACGACAUCCCCACCAAUCCUCACACCCCCCACAAUGUCUUCCUUAAUCAUCAUGAUCGACCUCGACACACCAUUCGGCGCCCUUAAUCGCUCCUUCGCACCGUUCCUCCAUUGGAUAGCGACCCCUUCAAACUCUUCCAUCGUGCCAUACCUUCCACCCGCCCCUCCUCCGGGCUCUCCUGAGCAUCGAUUUGUCCUGCUUUGUUACAAGUUGCCUAUAAACGAGUCCUUCUCUAUGCCGACCGGGUGGGAAGAUUAUGGAGUCACAAUGGGAGGAAUGAAUAGGAGUCGGUUUGAUGUUGAGAGGUUUGUGGAGGCCGCGGAGUUGGGAAGGUUGAGCGCGGCGAAUUGGUUUACGGUUGUCAGGGAAGCGGAGAAUGGGACUGUGCCGGCGGAGUUUACAAGCGGAGAGAGCUCUGGGGCUGCUGGCUUAUUUGAUGUAUGGCUGGUAGCGAUAGUGGUGGGUUCGAUAGUUAUGUUGCUGGCGGAGUGA